CAUACAGAUACGAACGUACUGGUUGGAGUCACUUCUAAAAACUGACAAAUUCCUGCUUGAAUUAUUAAAGAAACGCAUUGUACAGCGUGGUAGCACACCCUCUUAUUGCCCCACAGCUGACACUUGCUCCCGCCUUGAGAGCUGGAGGCCUGAUAGCCGCAGCCGCGUGAUACAGAGGAGCUGGCGAAGCAUCCGCUCCACGGCACCGCACCUUUUCAUCUGGAGCUUUGUUCAUUCCUUCUUUGAUUUCAUCUUAAAACCUUUUGCGACUGUCAUUUUAUAUCGCCUGGCAAGGUGUUAGCUGCGCGGACACUGUUUUGAGUCCUCUGAUAGUACCUCCUUCCGCCCCACCCAGUGUGUAUACACUGCCAACGGCAAAGUCAUAGCUUUUGAUUUCGGUCAAUAUUCGCUCUAUACCGCCAAGAUGAUAUUCACACAAAACAUCCGGCGGCUGCAUCGGUAUAAUGUGUCUACUUUCCGAUCAUCUCCAUUAGCAGAGAUCUCAGGCUCGCUCGGCGAUCUUGGCACAUUGCUCCCACUCCUCAUUGCCCUGACAAUAUCGGGGUCUAUCAAGUUUCCGCCCUCGUUGGUCGUGGGUGGACUGGCAAAUAUUCUCACCGGUGUUUUUUUCGGAGUUCCUCUACCUGUGCAGCCGAUGAAAGCAAUUGCCGCUGUAGCCCUCUCGCGAUCAUUUAGCGUUGGCGAGACUCAAGCGGCGGGGAUUUUCAUGGGCAUUGCUGUUGGCGUGCUCAGUUUGACGGGUCUUCUGAAAUGGCUUGCCUCGGUCGUACCAAUCCCCGUGGUCAAGGGUAUUCAGGUCGGAGCUGGGCUGUCCUUGAUUCUCUCGGCCGGUAGCUCUCUGUUGCAGCCCCUGGGAUGGACAUCUCCGAGCUGGGCGGACAAUUUACUCUGGGCUCUAUUUGCAUUUGUCUUUCUACUCUUUGCAUCCAUGUUCCCGCGCACGCCAUAUGCGCUUUUGAUAACAGUGCUUGGGCUGGUAUUGGGAAUUAUCCUUACUGCUAAGGCGUCUCCUGGCGGCACUGGACAAAUUGCGCCGCUCCCCGGCUUUGUCUCUGCGCCUCACGCAAAGGACUGGAAAGAAGGAAUACUAUACGCAGGCAUCGGCCAACUUCCUCUGACUGUUCUCAAUUCUAUCAUUGCGGUCAGUUAUCUCGCCGCAGAACUCCUUCCCGAAGUCCCCGUCCCUUCGACGACGCAUAUUGGAUGGAGUGUAGCCCUGAUCAAUCUGAUCGGACCGUGGUUCGGAGCUAUGCCGCUCUGCCAUGGUUCUGGCGGGCUCGCGGCACAGUAUCGAUUUGGUGCGCGGUCAGGGGCAAGCGUCAUCUUUCUUGGUGUGAUCAAAGUAAUUCUUGGACUGGCAGCGGGAGAUUGGCUGGUGAACUUGUUGAAACGAUUUCCGCACGCUCUUCUCGGGAUCAUGGUCGUCGCGGCGGGACUUGAGCUUACCAAGGUUGGAGAGAGCUUGAACAACACGGCAAGUGAUCUGUGGGAAAAUGCCGAAGUGAACGAGGAGGAUAGCGGUGAAGGCCAAAAGCAUUUUCGAGAGCCAGAUCAAGAGGAGCGCAGACAACGAUGGGCGGUCAUGAUGAUGACCGUGGGAGGAAUGCUCACUUUUAGAAAUGACGCUGUUGGCUUCAUUGCUGGAAUGCUUUGCCAUGCGACGCUGAAUGCGCCCAUUUGGUGGAGGAACCGGAAAGCAAAAAGGACGGGUGCGCUGCGAGUUUGACUUUGGAAGAUGUAAUAGGUUGAAACGAUGUCAACGACCGCUUCUAUUAUUGUACUAAGCAAAUAA